AAGUUUAACUUGCACCCAAGUUUAACGCCGGGUCCCAUUCCCCGCCCCGGCAGCUCCUCGGGAGCCCCCCACUCACCGCGCUCGGCGCGAGGCGGGAGAGGCGCGGGGGACCGGAGGGCCAGGCGGGCGCGGAGGGGGUAGGGCCAGGGGCGCGUCGGAGCUGGAGGGCCACCCCAGAGCGCCCCAGACCGUCGCCCUGGGGUCCCAGAGGGGCGACCCCUGGCAAAAAGAGUCCCCGUUCCCCGGCCACCAUCUGGAGUCCCCGGCGAGGUCCGGGCCGCGCCGGGUGCGCCCCCUCCCCUCGGGGUGACCCGCGGCCGCCCAGCCCCGCCGAGACCAAGUUCAACAAAGUUGGGCCGAGGAGUCUCGGCGCCUCCAGCGCUCUGCCCGGCCGCUCCGCGUGCUAUGUGGGGGGGCGGGGGGGUCCCCCCGAGUCGGUCCGGCUGUGGGGCGCCCGCGAGGGGUCGGCGCAGGGGGGCCGUGCAGGAGGCGGGGGCGGCGGCCCCGGCCGGGCAGCCUCUGCGCGCCGCGGCUCGGGUGCGGGGAGUGCGUCACCCCGGAUCGGGCACCUCGGCAGGCAGGUCGGGUUUCCCAAAGUGCCCCUUUGUUAUGCCCCUCCCAGCCCUGCCGCCUCCCCUUUCCCGGGCCGCCCCCUCCCCCAGCCUCCCUGCCUGCGUUUUCCUCCCAUCCCAGCGAGACUCCCCUUCCUGGGCCUUCAGAUCCCGGGGCUGCCGCGAAGCGCCCCGGGACGGGGCUUGGGGCGGUGGAGGGAAGAGGCCCCUGGGCGCAGCCUGUGACUCAGGACCGAGGAUGGGCAGGGCGGCCUGGCAGCGCCCCUCCCAGGGGCAUGUCCCAGGCUCCUGGGCCGGGUCGGGACAAGUGCUGGGGUGCCGAUCAGCUUCUCAUCCCGGUACUCCUGUCUGAGCCCCCAGCAUGCCGAGGAGACCCCGCCAAGCCCCAGAAAGUGUCUUCCCAGCCCGGAUAUCUGCUCUCUGAGCUCUGACCGCUUUGCACGUCCGCUCCUGCUGGGCCAGGACACAGGGGCCAGGUCACCGGGCCACCCCCACGGAGGAAUCUGAGCGUGGCAGACUCCAGAGCGGGACUCUUGGGUCCUUGAGCGAUAGCUCGGCUCCAGUCCCUAAUCUGCCACCAUUCCGUGCUGCGGGGACACCAUGGCUCCAGAGGAGGACGCUGGAGGGGAGGCCCUCGGGGGCAGUUUCUGGGAGGCUGGCAACUACAGGCGGACGGUGCAGCGGGUGGAGGAUGGGCACCGGCUGUGCGGGGACUUGGUCAACUGCUUCCAGGAGCGUGCCCGCAUCGAGAAGGCCUACGCCCAGCAGCUGGCAGAAUGGGCGCGCAAGUGGAGGGGGGCCGUGGAGAAGGGCCCGCAGUAUGGCACGCUGGAGAAGGCCUGGCACGCCUUCUUCACGGCGGCUGAGCGGCUGAGCGCACUGCACCUGGAGGUCCGGGAGAAGCUGCAGGGGCAAGACAGUGAGCGGGUGCGAGCCUGGCAGCGGGGGGCCUUCCACCGGCCCGUGCUGGGGGGCUUCCGCGAGAGCCGGGCGGCCGAGGAUGGUUUCCGCAAAGCCCAGAAGCCCUGGCUGAAGAGGCUGAAGGAGGUGGAGGCUUCCAAGAAGAGCUACCACGCAGCGCGGAAGGAGGAGAAGACGGCGCAGACCCGCGAGAGCCACGCCAAGGCCGACAGCGCCGUGUCCCAGGAGCAGAUGCGGAAGCUGCAGGAGCGCGUGGACCGCUGCGCCAAGGACGCCGAGAAGGUGAAAAGCCAGUACGAGCAGACGCUGGCCGAGCUGCACCGCUACACGCCGCGCUACAUGGAGGACAUGGAGCAGGCCUUCGAGAGCUGCCAGACCGCCGAGCGCCAGCGCCUUGUCUUCUUCAAGGACAUGCUGCUCACCCUCCACCAGCACCUCGACCUCUCCAGCAACCAGAGGUUCCACGAGCUCCACCAGGACCUGCAUCAGGGCAUCGAGGCAGUCAGCCACGAGGAGGACCUGCGCUGGUGGCGCAGCACCCACGGCCCGGGCAUGGCCAUGAAUUGGCCACAGUUUGAGGAGUGGUCCUUGGACACACAGAGGACUAUCAGCCGGAAGGAGAAGGGCAGCCGGAGCCCUGAUGAGGUUACUCUGACCAGCAUCGUGCCCACAAGAGAUGGCACUGUGCCCCCGCCCCAGUCCCCGGGGUCCCCAGGCGGUGGGCAGGAAGAGGAGUGGUCGGAUGAGGAUAGCACCCGGAAAGCUGCUGCUGGGGUCCGGGUGCGGGCCCUGUAUGACUACGCCGGCCAGGAAGCCGAUGAGCUGAGCUUCCGAGCAGGGGAGGAGCUGCUGAAAAUGAGCGAGGAGGACGAGCAGGGCUGGUGUCAGGGCCAGCUGCAGAGCGGCCGCAUCGGCCUAUAUCCUGCCAAUUACGUGGAGUGUGUGGGAGCCUGAGCCGCCUUGACGUCCCUUCUGCAAAGUUCUCCAUCAGGAGUCAGAGCCCAGCUGCUCCCGAACAACCGGACCCCAUGUGGCCCCUCUGUCCCCCCCACAGGAGGGUGGCGAUCCAGGGACCUAGGGAGGGGAGGGGCCUGCCUUUAGGAAGGGACUUGGUGGGAAGGGCCAACUGAGGCCAGGCUGAGAGGAGCAUGGGGGGCUCAGAAGGUGACAGAAGGGCUCAGGGAUGACUGGGUCUCUCUAGAGAGCCCCAGGAGCCUUGGGCCCAGUUCCUGGUCCUGUGUUUUGGGGUUCCUGGGGGUGGACUUGGGCUGAGUAUAGUUCUGGACUAGCGACACCUUUUGUGACUUGUUCUAGUGUGUAUUAAACUUGGGGAAACAAAA